UUCGAUAUGUUCCGCUACAUCAGCAAGCGCUGGACCAAAGGAGGACCUCAGGCCCCAACAACACCUGAUACUAGUCACUGUCUUGUGUGCAAAGUGGUGCUGCUGGAUGGGGCGGACCUUACCGUGGAACUGUCGAAAAAAGCGCUCGGGGAGACUCUGCUCGAACAGGUGUUCUACAGUAUUGAUCUCAUCGAAAAGGACUACUUCGGCUUACAGUUCACCGACGCUUACAACGUGAAUCAUUGGCUCGAUCCUACGAAAUGCGUUCGGAAGCAAAAUGUCAUUGGACCGCCUUACACGUUCCGAAUGCGGGUGAAAUUCUACUCGCCGGAGCCUACGCUGCUCCGAGAAGAACUCACCCGAUACCUCUUCUUCCUUCAGCUCAAACAAGACGUGCUGCAUGGUAGACUUCCUUGCCCCUAUGAAACCCUAGUGGAACUCGCUGGCUUCGCACUGCAGUCGGAACUCGGCGAUUUCGAGCCCAAAACGCAUACCGCCGAAGUCAUAUCAGAGUUCCGAUUUUGUCCCGAGCAGACCGAGGAGAUGGAAGUCGACAUACUAGAAGCGUUCCGACGCUUGCGAGGACAGACCUCCGCACAGGCCGAACUGAGCUAUCUCAGUAAGGCCAAGUGGCUCGAACUCUACGGAGUCGACAUGCACACGGUUCUUGGCAAGGACGGCUACAGCUAUUCGCUCGGAUUAACGCCCACCGGCAUCCUUGUUUUCGAAGGCACAACAAAGAUCGGUCUGUUCUUCUGGCCGAGAAUUACGCGCUUGGAUAUCAAGAACAAAAAACUCACCCUCGUCGUCGUUGAAGACGACGAUGAAGGCUACGAGCAGGAACACACGUUCGUGUUUCGUCUUUUCAACCAGAAAGCCGCCAAGCACCUCUGGAAAUGUGCGAUCGAGCACCACACGUUUUUCCGUCUGAAAGCACCUCCUCAGCAAUCUGCUCUCAAACAGAACCUCUUCCGGAUGGGAUCGCGCUUCCGCUACUCCGGCAAAACGGAGUGGCAGGCAACUGCACGAUCCCGGCCCCGGAGAACGGUGCAAUUCGAGCGCAGGCCAUCGCAACGUUUCUCCAGACGACAGUCUCAAAGGGUUCAGUCGAAAGAUUCUCAUUCCAACACGAAUCGUGCUGAUAACGAUGAUUCCAAUGAUAAAAGCCACCAAAUCAUGAAUUGCUUGCCAGCGUCCAAUCAGCAUCUACUACAAGGAGAUCUCCUGAAUGAAACAGUGACUAGCUUAGCCGAUCCCGAGGACAUGGAGGCCUCGAGCGAGUGCUCGUCCGAUAGUGAGGACGAUAGCAUGAGGGGCAACGACGACGAUAAUCGUUUCCACACAUCUUCUUUCGAAAGCAAUUCUUUUGCUCACGGAAACCUCAGCAUCCAGCAAAACACCUACAAGGCACACAACAAGGGGAAAAAACCGGAAUUGACUGUAACAGUAGUGACGAAAUCCAUCAGCGAUAAGCAACAAUCACCGCUCAUGAAUCGCAUCAACAACAACAUCGUCAUCAAAAACGGUACCGAUCAGAGAGUUCUCAAUGAGCUGAUGGUGUCUGCUAAGAACGAGGCGAACGAUAUGCUGCAAGAACAGCAGGAGCAGCUGAGGAAGUUCGAUGAGGUACGUACCGACAUCCGAGUAUUCUGUAGAACCAAAGAGAAGCCUGCAGUUAAAUCUGAAAUCAAUCAUCGCCUCUUGGAGCCGAACGGGAAAACGCGCUACGAAAUGAGGUCCGUGAGCAGGACCGGCUCACUCGGGAGUGAUUCCUCGUCGGGAAAUCCAGGAACUUCGCCGUGCUCGUCUCUGGGUCGAGUUUCGCCGCUGACGAACGGAAUUUCACGGACUUCAACACCGUUGAGGAAUUUGAUCAGCACCGAGUUGUGA